AUGGCCACCAAAAAGUCCAAGGUCGCCCCUUCUGACGACGACUUGAACAAGCUCCUGGAAGGACUUGGUGAGGACGAAGUCAAGGCCCAAGCUACCUCCAAGGGAGCUUCCAAGGCCGCAAAGACAGCUUCCGCUCAAUCAGAGCUGGACUUGCUGGACGAACUCGAGAAUCUCGGAGCUCAAAAGGCCCCAAGUAGGCCUCAUACUCCUCGCGUCCAGUCUAUUAGACGCACCAAUACAGCUACACCACCACCUGCUGGUUCAACACGGACGAGUGAGGAGAAGGCCUCGGCAGCCAGAAAGUCGGUUGAUAGCACUCGAUCUUUCCAUACCAGCUUUACACCUUCAGCUACGAGCAGCGAUCUCCAAGAAGCGGAGAAGAAGCACCCAGUUGCUCAGCCAGCAGAGGUUGCUCCUGUUGAAGCCGGUGGUGGCUGGUGGGGAGGCAUUUUCGCAACAGCAAGUGCUGCAGUCAAGACAGCCGAAGCUGCAGUCAAGGAGAUCCAACAGAAUGAAGAGGCGAAGCGGUGGGCUGAACAAGUGAAAGGAAAUGUUGGGGCUCUUAGAGGCCUCGGUGGUGAACUUCGCUCCCGAGCACUACCAACGUUUACAAACAUCCUUCAUACACUUGCCCCUCCCAUUUCGUCCCAUGAGCGACUUCAAAUCCACAUCACUCAUGACUUCAUCGGCUAUCCUUCCCUCGAUCCCCUUAUAUACUCGACCUUCUCCCGCGUCAUGGCCCAAGUAGAAGGCGGGGAUCUUCUCGUCAUUCAACGCGGCCACGAGGCAACAGCACGCCGCAAUUCAGAAGCCGGUUAUACAGGAGGCAGUGGUGGCUGGAGCGAUGGCCCGUGGUGGAGACAACAUGGUGAGCAUCGUGAUCUAGGAUCCGUGAAAGGUCUCAUCGAAGGCACCAAGCUCGUCCGCGUGAGCGCCGAAGCAUAUUCCAACGAGUAUUUUACCUCGCACGGUGGACUCGAAUUAGCUGCGCAGCGCGCAACAGAGAACCUCAGCGAAUCGAAUCCAGUCCGAAGCAGCGAUAUCUUCUUGGCCGUACAAGCAAUUUCACACGAUGCGCCCGAGGAUCUGUUCCAGGGCCCGGCUAAGGAGAAGGAAGAGGAGAGUGCUGUGCAGGAGAAAGAUACGCCUGAUGAGCUUGUUUCCUUUGCGCUAUACUUGCAUGAUCCUGUGCACAGCAUCACCUUCCACACUGUCACCCAAUCCAUUCCCGCAAAGUGGAUUAGAUGGCUCGAUGCUCCAUCUCCCUUGACACCUGCUUCAUCUACCUCACCUACCCAUCAAAAGACCAGCUUCUUCGGACGAGACGGCGAGCCAGUCCCUAACCCCAACUUACCUGAGGAAAUCGCUGAGAUUAUUGAGAGUGGCGGUGUUGAUCCUAGGGAAUGGGUCGCUGAAUGGGUGGAAGAGCUGCUAAGCUUAGGCGUAGGGAUUGUGGCACAACGAUACGUAGCGAGGAGAAUGGGGGUUGGUGAGGGCGGUAUUGGUCGAGGCAAAGCCCGUAUGGAAGAGGUGCUCGAAGAGGGCGGAGGAGAAGCUGCUCGUGCUGGUCUGAUCUAG